UAAUUUUCUGCUAUUUUACAGAAUUGUAUUAAAAAUGAUUAUCUGUCACACAAAUAAAUUAUAUAUCGGAAAUAUUACUUGUAUAUUGCUAUUAAUGACAUUAUGGAAUAUGGUGAAGGCGCAGGUACCAAAGGAAGAACCAGAUGCAAUUGAGUGCGUCGAUACCAAACGGUUUGGCGUAUGCGAAUUUUUCAAAGAUGAAGGAUUUUGCAAUGAACCAAAAACAAUAAAAAAGUUGCAACGAAAAUGUGAUUAUUCUUGUGGAUGGUGUUCCAAAUCAAAAGCGUGUGAAGAUGUAGCACCUUACAUAAAUUGUGAGUCCUUGACGGAACAAGAGUGUCGAAGCAAUGCACAAUUUUAUAUUACACGAUGUAAAAAAUCAUGUGGAUGGUGUGACGGUGGACCAAAAGAUACUUGGGGACCAUGGCAAGAAUGGAGUGCGUGUUCAGUAACCUGUGGUUCCGAUGUUGGAAUCAGAAAAAAAACUAGAAAGUGUUUGUCGGAUUCUUGUACGGGAAACGAUGCAAAGCAAGGAUUUUGUUCUGCAAAUAAGCCAUGUGUUGAGUGGAGCGCAUGGAGUGAGUGGAACAGAUGUAGUGUAACUUGUGGAAAUGGAACAAGAGUAAGGAACAGAACUUGCACAGUAGUAGAUGAAUGCAUUGGACAAAAUAUCCAGAUUACAAAUUGCGAACUUCCUGAAUGCGUCGCCGGAGCAAUACCAUUUGACGAAUGGACGACAUGUUCCCGAUAUUGUGGGGGAGGAUCCAGUAUUUAUAUCAAAUCAUGCCCACAAUGGGACAGAAAAAUUUGUCCCAGAGAAUACAAAGAUUGCAACACACAUGCGUGUCCAUUCAAAAACUGCAUCGAAUAUCGUUAUGGAAGUCAAUACACUGAAUGCUGUGAUCAAUCAGUUGAAAAACAAUGUUUCAGGGUUGCAAAGAGAAUUUUUGGUGGAAGUAUCAGUUCAGCUAAACGAUUCCCUUGGAUGGCACGGAGAAAUUCCUUUCCGAUUAGGACGGCGAUCUUUCGUGGAAAAAUUUCCUCCGUCACUCGAUUUAAAUGGAUGGCUCGAAUUGAAGUAAUUGGAGGAGUAUUGGGUCCUAAAGCUAGAAGAACAAUAUGCGGUGGAACUCUGAUUCAUCCUAGAUACGUCCUUACCGCAGCUCACUGUGUGGUAGAUUUUGACCCAAAACAAAUCAACGUUUUUCUGGGAUCCGUAACAACAAUUGAUUCAUCGUCUUUAAUUCAAAGAAUGUAUGCUUCAAAUUUUACAAUUCAUCCGAACUUCACUGAACCUGCUAAUGAUAUAGCAAUAAUAACGCUGACCGCAGAAGCUAGCAUGACAAAUAAUGUUCGUCCACUUUGUUUGGCGGAUGGAGAAAUAACACCAAUAGAUGAGAAAUGUUACAUCGCAGGAUGGGGACUAACUCGAUCAGGUGUGACUGCAAAAUCAUCACCAAAUCUUUUAGAAGCCAGAAUAAGACACUUACCAUUCGGUGUGUGUCAGAACGUGUUCGCAAAAUCACAAUCACACAGUCCACAUAUGAAUUCUGAAACCAUGAUGUGUGGUGGAAAAAUUGACGGAGGAGUGGACACAUGCAGAGGCGAUAGCGGCGGGCCAUUUAUGUGUCAAAGAUGUGAUUCCUGUGAGUGGUAUCUCGCAGGUGUAACAGCUUUUGGAGGAUAUCAAUGUGGGUCACCGAAAAUUCCUGGAGUUUACAUGAGAAUAACUCAUUACGAAGAUUGGAUAAACGAAGAAGUUGACAAAUAUGAGCGUUUCGGAUUGGACUGCCAAUAUUAUAACCGUUUAUAACAUGGUUGUAUCUAUAUGUACGGGCUUAUACAAGUUGACUAAUCUUCGUGGUGAUAAACUAUCUUUGCUACUAAAACUGUUUCCUGCUGAAGGGGAAGCUCUAUAUCAAACUUUGAUACAAUAUUUAAACUUUUGUAAGGAGAACGUAGGGCUGGGCAUUUCUGAAUACUUGAUGAUUUCAGAAUCGAAUCUUAACGAUUGAAUUACUAGAAACAUAGAAUACAUCACUCAGACAGACUGCUGAGCGUCCACACACAAUAAGAAACACGUUUUACCAAUAACCCACUGCAGAAAAUAUUCCUAUUUCAUAAAUAUCAUUGAAAAAAUUUGGCUUUAAUUAAAAAAAAUUGAGAAAAUCAUCUCGACCAUUGGCUGAAAGAAAAAAACAAGAUGGCGGGGAUUCGUAAUUUUGCUCUGAAACGAUUCGAAUAAUUUACUAUUCGAUUCGAAAUGCCCAGGUCUGGGAGAAAGUAAUGAUGCUUUACAUUUAAAAUCAGUAUGAUACUUAGUAUGCCAUUUACGUCAAAUAAAAAUGUCGAAAAUGUAAAAUAUGGGAAUGCAUCUCAACUUGGAUCGCAUUUACACGUAUCAAGGCGAAAAGUCCUAAUGAAAUAUUAUAAAGAACACUAUCGAUAAAAAAAUCAUCAUUCAUCACGAUAGAAAAUGCAGCCAAGGUACAAUAUUAACUGUUCAUUUAAUGUAGACGCCAGGUAAUAUAACGAUCUAGGGCAGUGUUUCCUAAACCUUAUCCUGCCAGCGCCCCCUCGCACGCUCUAACAAGAAUGAGCUGGCAAGAGCAAUAAAAAAAUAAUAAUAAAAUUUGACCCGAUCUCACACGUGAUGAUAUUUUAAUUUGAUUUUGUUGUCAAAAGAUGCAACACUGAAAGACUAAACAUGGGUUCAAAGUAUAAACCCAAUGGUAGUGGAAAGUGGCGCAUUUUCACUUCUGGAAAUUCAGGGUUAUCUAG